CAUAAAUUAGCUACACUAGUUAAAACGAGUCUUUGGAAAACAAUUGUUGAGCACGUUCAGCAGAACUUUGACUUAACUUAAAAUGUCUCAACGAAAAAAGCCAGAAAACGUGAGAAAGAAAGUGACCAAGACCGAAGAUGAAACGAUAUUUUCUGAACUGCCUCUUAACGUUGCCCAAAUUGACAUCAAUCAGAAAACUUGCAAGGACCUCGCUGCUGCCAAUUUGGCAGAGACAUUGCGGCUGCAGUCCAGAAUAAAAGAACAAGCCAAUCUGAUCUGUGUCCUUAAAGACAGAUCAGAUGAGCUGUUCAACCAAUCCCAAUGCCUGCAGCAGGUCAGAAAUGAACUGGAGAAGCAACUUGAAAGCUGCCAAAAAGAAGUGGUGCAAAAGCAGCAAAGAGUGGAGCUAGUCGAAAAAAGAUUUAUGGAUUUAGACGCCAACAGUCGAGCGAUAAUCGUCUUCAUGGAGGAGUACAAACACCACAAUGCACAGUUGAAGAUUGAAAACAAGCAGCUGCAGAUGGAAAACGACACGCUUUUCUCCCAUAAAAUACAGGAGAAAGAGGUGAUCAUUCAAAAGCUUACAAAGGAAAUCAAAAUAUUAAGAGAUGAGUUCACAGCUAAGGAGAAAGCGUACAAGGAGAAAAUAGCCCAAAGUGAAUCAACAUCCGAGAAACAAUUUAAAGACCAUCAACAGAGGGAGGCGGCAUUACUUGAACAAUUGCGUGAUGUUCAGCAGCAACAUGAGGCAGCAGAACAAAUGUGUAAAGAAAAGUCAAAGGAAGCAAGGGCCAACUUGAAAUCCUUCCACGUUCAUUUGUUAAACAGAAGAUCAGAAUCAGCCUUUAAGCAAAAAGGUCUAAAAGCCGAGGAGCAGCACGCAUUGAGGGAAGCUACCAUGAGCAAAAAUAUUACAAACCUCACCAAAGAGAGGGACAAACUGCUGCGUACUUGUGCGGAACAAGAAAACACCCUACAGGAGAAGCUAGAAGAACUCCGGCUUCUUGAGGCACAAUAUAAUGAACAGAAAAUAGCUCGGACAAAAGCAGAGGAGAGAUUUAAACAGGAAGCACAGUUGGUGAAUGCAGAUAAAAGAGUCAAGUCGCUUAAAUUGGCCCUAGAAGAAGCCAGGGCAAAGUACGAAAAGUUGAACAAGGAUUUCGCGGCAUUCAAAGAACACAGCAUCGGUCUCCUUACUAAGGAAAGAGAACUAAAUAAAAUACUGCGACACUUGAGGACCUAAACUAUCAGAUUUGGCAAAUCUCUCUCACAAAUAAGUUUCAGAAGAGAUGAUCAGUGCACAAAAAAGACAAAGAAAGAACAGUGCUGUAUCAAAAUGUCAUCUUUAAUCUCAUUUGAAGCUUUCCAGAGUAAUACAAGCAAAGCACAACAUACUUAGCGUGGCACGACUGGGGUUCCUCAAAUAGAAAUCAUACUGUACAAAUCAGAGAACCUUCCAUACAUUGUUGUUUAAGAGUGUUCUUCUGCCAGUUUCUCUGCCUUUUGGACCACUUCUUCAAUGGGACCCACCAUGUAAAAAGCCUGCUCAGGCAAGGCAUCGUAUUCACCUGGAAGAGCAUAAAGAUUUUUAGCUGGAAAGUAGUUUUAUUCCAUUUCUGAAAAUAUAUUACACGGCACUACCUGCUAGAAUGCUCUGGAAUCCUUUGAUUGUUUCCUUGAGAGGGACCAGCUUCCCCAUGUGGCCAGUGAAAACCUCAGCCACCUGGAAAGGCUGGGACAGGAAACGCUGGAUCUUACGAGCCCGAGCUACUGUUAGCUUGUCUUCCUCAGAUAAUUCAUCCAUACCCAGAAUAGCGAUGAUGUCUUGUAAUGACUUGUAGUCCUGAAAAAGAGAUUUGGGGGUCAUUGGAUCUCAUUGAACAGCUAUUCAUGUAGAAAGGUCUUACCUGGAGAAUCUUCUGUACACCUCGGGCAACAUCAUAAUGUUCAGAGCCCACGAUGUUAGGGUCCAUGAUUCGGGAAGUGGAAUCCAGAGGGUCCACGGCGGGGUAAAUUCCAAGCUCGGCAAUGGCACGGGACAGCACGGUGGUGGCGUCCAAGUGAGCGAAGGUUGUAGCAGGAGCGGGGUCGGUCAAGUCGUCGGCGGGCACAUAAAUUGCCUGUAAAGCGAGUAGGUUUUAUUUGGAUUCUAUCAAUAGAAGUAGUCACAACAAUCCUAUCCUUCUUCUUACUUGCACUGAGGUGAUAGAACCUUUCUUGGUGGUUGUGAUUCGUUCCUGCAUGGUACCCAUAUCAGUAGCCAAGGUAGGCUGGUAUCCCACAGCAGAGGGGAUACGACCCAACAGGGCAGACACCUGAAGGACAAAAAUAAAAGGAAAAAAGGUGUAUAUUAAGCUCAUCUUAAAAGUAGACGAUCCCUAACUUUGUGAGUAGUGUACAGUAUGCUGCGUUGUAUACCUCUGAGCCAGCUUGGGUAAACCUAAAGAUGUUGUCAAUGAAGAGAAGCACAUCCUGUCCUUCUUGAUCACGGAAAUAUUCAGCGACAGUUAGUCCAGUAAGAGCGACUCUGGCACGAGCGCCUGGAGGUUCGUUCAUCUGACCGUACACCAGUGCUACCUGAAAAUACAUAUGCAAAAACAAAAGUUUUUAUAUGACCAGAUUGGAGAAGUUGUGGUUGUUGAACUGAAUCGUUGGAAACCAUUUCCAAUGUUUGGGAAUGCUUAUGUGACAGUGUAGAUGUACCUCAUGAGUGUCUUACCUUUGAGGUGGUGUCCUUCAGGUUAAUGACUCCAGACUCAAUCAUUUCAUUGUACAAGUCAUUACCCUCGCGGGUACGCUCUCCGACUCCGGCGAACACUGAGUAGCCACCGUGAGCUUUGGCCACGUUGUUGAUCAACUCCAUGAUCAGAACAGUCUUACCAACACCAGCGCCACCAAACAGACCUGGCACACAACCAGCACAAUGGUUCGGAGAAGCUCGCACGUGGAAAGCGAUAUUAAGAUUAUCUUUCUACCAGAGAUUGGUAGAGUAGCCAAAAAUUUUACUCAAGUAAGAGUAGCGUUACUUCAAAAUAAUAUUACUCAAGUAAGAGUCAUCCCAAAAAAUGUACUCCAGUACAAGUAAAAAUGUAUCCAGUGAAAAGAAUACUCAAGUAAUGAAUAACAUUGUAACUUAUUUUUGUUUUUGUUUUUUUAACAAUGGUAUUUUUUUCUUUCAGCACAAACUUAUCCAUAUGAACGGUUGCUAUAACGAUACUGAACAAUAGCCCAUAACCACAUUAAGCCAAACAAAUACUAAAAAAAUAAUUGAAUUUCAGCAAGAGAAUAAGAUAGAAAUGAAGCAUUAUGAGGAUGAGGGCCCUCUAGUGGAGAAAAGAGUUCCUAGUUUGAAUAGUGAAUAUAUCCUUCAUAAUUACUACUAUGAAAUGAAAAGGAUCACAUCUCCAAUUUUCCGUGGUCAGUUGGUGCCAAAUAAAAAGUAGGAGAGAGGUUUGAAUCCGCGCUUUCGAGUCAUGUUGAGGGCAGUGCUCUGUGUCAAAUACUUCAUUUUUUAUGCUGCUUUAAAGACUCCACGUAAUUGAACAGGCCGAUGUAAUCAUAGAACGACAAGCUCGAGUCUGAUUGAUUUACUACAGUCAUGUGAAUCUUGUUGUGACGUCUCAUUGGUGAAAUUGGUAGAGCUGCCCUU